AUGUUGUUUCUACUUCUACUACUCUUCGUCACUAGCACAACAGCAGUAACUGAUCCACAAUGCGAAUCAAAGGAUUUCCUGAAAACUUUCGAAUGUAUCGGGGGACUAUCUAUCUUUGUGACCAGUGUGGAUAAAUAUGAUUUGAAAAUUGAGGCAGAUCGAAAAAACUUCACAGCAGCAUGCAAAGAAGCAUCUGACUGUUUUGCAGACACCUCCUGUCUUCAUGCAGACCGUUUGAAAUUAUUUCUCGACACAUAUUGCGGUUAUUCGACAUUCUUAGAAACUGAUUUCAAAGAGUGCAAAAACAAAUUGGACGCUCGCGAAGAAUCUCAAUGCGAAAAGUCGUUCAAAUCAUUUUUCGAUAAUACAAUGACUGAAGAUGUCAAAUGUGGGCAAUUAGACGAUUCUUUGAAAUGUGUCAAGAAAGAAGUGAGCAGUGUCUGCGGUCAACGUGAUGCAUUGAACAUUGAAAAAUAUCUAGUGAACAUGUCAAUAGGAUUAUCAUGUGAUGAUGUUAUGAAAAUGAUGGCAGAGAAGGAGAAUAAAAAAGGAAAAUGA